AUGAAACACACAGCCGCUGGCACCCCAGAGACCUUUCGCGAUAAACUCCGACACCAUCUCUCGCCCGCCAACUGGAUGAAGAGCGUGCAGCUGGACGGUCCAACAGGUACCGAAGCUGACGCUAGUCGUCGUCUGACCUGGAACCACGGUGGCGGCAGUGGCUCGAGCGACAGCUACGACUCCGGUGACGGAGGAGCCAUCUGCAGCAACGGCCUUGCAGGCGUUGAGUCCUCCGACGGCAAGGCUUGCUGCCCGUCCGAGUGCGGAAGUUGCUCUACUGGGUGCGACAGGCGCCGCCUUGGCUGGUGGGACUCGUCAGACGACGACACCGUGUGCGGGACCCGGAAGCGCCGUCGCCGCCUCACCUACGGGCACGACGACUCCAACAACUCAGAUGACGGUUACGAGGAGUACUGCGACUGCAACACGCGGCGUGCGCUCCGUUCUGGUAGCUUCUCAGACUCCGGGUCAGAGUGCGAGUGCGAGUGUGAGACUGGGCCAGAUCCAGCGGUUGAGUGCUGUGCGGACACUAUCGUCGACAACGGCCAGAUGUGCGACGACGUUGGAUCGGCCCCUUGCGUCAUUGGCGGCCAGCCAGCGCACAAAGUAUCGCUGGCUUCCGUGUCUAAUCUUGAUGAUUACCUGUUUCGCCGGCCGCCGGGAGGGUCAAUUCCAGAGCCUACGCCAGAUCCUACUCCUGAGCCACCUGCCGAGCCUACUCCUGAGCCUACUGCCGAGCCUACUGCAGACCCCACUGGAAACGCUUGCUGUCUCGCGGAGUGCGGUGGGUGCGGCGGGUUGGACUGCGAUGCCCUCGGCGGCGGUCUCGGUGCGGAGAACUGCUGCGAGAGCCGCAUCGUGGAACACGGCGAGCUCUGCUCCAUCGCGCUCGAGGCGCCGUGUUACAUUGACGGUGAGAUGAACGGAGUUGGAAACGCGUGCUGUCUCGCGGAGUGCGGAGGGUGCGGCGGGUCUGGCUGUGCUGAGUUUGGUGGAGGCCUCGGGGCGGACAACUGCUGUGAAAGCGAUAUCGUGGAACGCGGCGAGAUCUGCUCUAUCGCGCUCGAGGCGCCGUGCUACUUGGAAGACAUGUGCUCCAAUGGGUUCCCCGGUAUCCAGUCAGGAAAUGCUUGCUGUCUCGCGGAGUGCGGUGGGUGCGGCGGGUCGGACUGCGAUGCGCUAGGCGGAGGCCUCGGGGCUGAAAACUGCUGCGAGAGCGACAUCGUGGAACGCGGCGAGCUCUGCUCCAUCGCGCUCGAGGCGCCGUGCUACUUGGAAGACACGUGCUCCAACGGGUUCCCCGGUAUUCAGUCAGGAAACGCGUGUUGUCUUGCGGAAUGCGGUGGAUGCGGCGGAUCGGACUGCGAUCAGUUCGGCGAUGGUCUCGGGGCGGAGAACUGCUGCGAGAGCGACAUCGUGGAACACGGCGAGCUCUGCUCCAUCGCGCUUGAGGCGCCGUGCUAUUUAGACGAGCCGACUCCCGAGCCAACUUCCGAGCCUACUCCUGAGCCUACUGCCGAGCCUACUGCCGAGCCUACGCCGGACCCUACCGCCGAGCCCACUCCGGAGCCUAUUGCCGAGCCUACGCCGGAGCCUACUUCCGAGCCUACCGAGCCCACCGACCUGUGCUCCAACGGCUUCCCGGGUAUCCAGUCAGGAAACGCGUGUUGUCUUGCGGAAUGCGGUGGAUGCGGCGGAUCGGACUGCGAUCAGUUCGGCGAUGGUCUCGGGGCGGAGAACUGCUGCGAGAGCGACAUCGUGGAUUACGGCGAGCUCUGCUCCAUCGCGCUUGAGGCGCCGUGCUAUUUAGACGAGCCGACUCCCGAGCCAACUUCCGAGCCUACUCCUGAGCCUACUGCCGAGCCUACUGCCGAGCAUACUGCCGAGCCUACGCCGGAGCCUACUGCCGAGCCUACCGAGCCCACCGACCUGUGCUCCAACGGGAUCCCGGGUAUCCAGUCAGGAAACGCGUGUUGUCUUGCGGAAUGCGGUGGAUGCGGCGGAUCGGACUGCGAUCAGUUCGGCGAUGGUCUCGGGGCGGAGAACUGCUGCGAGAGCGACAUCGUGGAUUACGGCGAGCUCUGCUCCAUCGCGCUUGAGGCGCCGUGCUAUUUAGACGAGCCCACCCCGGAGCCCACUCCUGAGCCGACUUCCGAGCCUACGCCGGAGUAUACUGCCGAGCCUACGCCGGAGCCUACUGCCGAGCCUACGUCGGAACCUACUGCACCCACUGACACAUGCUCCAACGGGAUGCCCGGUAUCCAGUCUGGAAACGCGUGCUGUCUGGCGGAGUGCGGUGCAUGCGGUGGAUCGGACUGCGAUGCGUUCGGCGGAGGCCUCGGGGCGGACAACUGCUGUGAGAGUGACAUCGUGGAACACGGCGAGCUCUGCUCCAUCGCGCUUGAGGCGCCGUGCUAUUUGGACGACGUCUGCUCCGACGGCAUCCCCGGUAUCCGGUCAGGAAACGCUUGCUGUCUCGCGGAGUGCGGUGCAUGCGGCGGAUCUGGCUGUGAUGAGUUCGGCGGCGGUCUCGGUGCGGACAACUGCUGCGAGGGUAACAUCGAGGAACACGGCGAGCUUUGCUCCAUCACCCUCGAGGCGCCUUGUGUGGUUGACGGCCGUCUCGUUGCUGACACGGUGCCUUGCCCAUCAUGCCUCAUGGUUUGUCUCAGCGAGCAUGGUCUCACGCUGCCGCCCUCUUUGUUUCGCAUUUCGUCUCGGUACUCAUCUCUACCGCCAGACAUGUGCUCCAACGGGAUCCCGGGUAUCCAGUCAGGAAGCGCGUGCUGUCUGGCGGAGUGCGGUGCCUGCGGCGGAUUGGACUGCGAUGAGUUCGGCGGAGGCCUCGGGGCGGACAACUGCUGCGUGAGCGACAUCGUGGAACACGGGGAGCUCUGCUCGAUCGCGCUCGAGGCGCCGUGCUAUAUCGACGGGGUCUCUUGCUGUCUCACCGAGUGCGGUGAAUGCGGCGGGUCUGGCUGUGCUGAGUACGGUGGAGGCCUCGGGGCGGACAACUGCUGCGAGAGCAACAUCGAGGAAUACGGCGAGCUCUGCUCCAUCAAGCUCGAGGCGCCAUGUGUCGUAGACGGCACGGUCCCUGCGCCUUCGCCGGUCGCUAUGCCCACUGCCCCCGUGGUUAAGCCCACUGCCCCCGUCGCCGAGCCUACGGCACCUGUCGCUGAGCCUACUGCCCCGGUUCGCGAGCCCACCGCGCCUGUUGUCGAGCCUACUGCACCCACCGACGUGUGCUCCAACGGGAUCCCCGGUAUCCAGACAGACAACGCGUGCUGCCUCGCGGAGUGCGGUGCAUGUGGCGGGUCUGGCUGUGAUGAGUUCGGUGGAGGCCUCGGGGCGGACAACUGCUGCGUGAGCGACAUCGUGGAAUACGGCGAGCUCUGCUCCAUCGCUCUCGAGGCGCCGUGCUACAUCGACGACACGUGCUACAACGGGAUCCCCGGCAUUCAGUCAGGAAACGCGUGCUGUCUCGCCGAGUGCGGCGGAUGCGGCGGAUCUGGCUGCGCCCAGCUUGGCGGUGGCCUCGGGGAGGACAACUGCUGCCAGAGCGAGAUCGAGGACUUUGGCGAGCUGUGCUCUGUGAAGAUGGCAGCUCCGUGUGUCGUGGACGGUGAGACGUGUGUUGCCGGCUUCGAUGUGCUUGCUCGUGACGGCUGUUUCAAUUCACGACAUGUUGGAGUUUUGGGCCGACUAAGUUGUCCAAAACCUUUUUCGCUAGCCGCGAACGUAGCCCUCAAAACUUCUGGACUCCGGUCGACCGACGAUCGACGAGGCUGUGUCGGAAACAUGCCACUGCUGUGUCGCAUUACACGGCAUGAUCCAACCGUGAUGCUGGCUGACCUCAUUGGUGUGGGUGCUACCUGCUUGGUGAUGCAGGCUCCGCCCCUGCGCCUUCGCCGGUCGCCAUGCCCACUGCACCUGUGGUUGAGCCCACUGCGCCGGUUCGUGAGCCUACCGCGCCUGUCGCUGAGCCCACUGCGCCGGUUCGUGAGCCUACCGCGCCUGUCGCUGAGCCCACUGCGCCGGUUCGUGAGCCUACCGCGCCUGUCGCUGAGCCCACUGCGCCGGUUCGUGAGCCUACCGCGCCUGUCGCUGAGCCCACUGCGCCGGUUCGUGAGCCUACCGCGCCUGUCGCUGAGCCCACUGCGCCGGUUCGUGAGCCUACCGCGCCUGUCGCUGAGCCCACUGCGCCGGUUCGUGAGCCUACCGCGCCUGUCGCUGAGCCCACUGCGCCGGUUCGUGAGCCUACCGCGCCUGUCGCUGAGCCCACUGCGCCGGUUCGUGAGCCUACCGCGCCUGUCGCUGAGCCCACUGCGCCGGUUCGUGAGCCUACCGCGCCUGUCGCUGAGCCCACUGCGCCGGUUCGUGAGCCUACCGCGCCUGUCGCUGAGCCCACUGCGCCGGUUCGUGAGCCUACCGCGCCUGUCGCUGAGCCCACUGCGCCGGUUCGUGAGCCUACCGCGCCUGUCGCUGAGCCCACUGCGCCGGUUCGUGAGCCUACCGCGCCUGUCGCUGAGCCCACUGCGCCGGUUCGUGAGCCUACCGCGCCUGUCGCUGAGCCCACUGCGCCGGUUCGUGAGCCUACCGCGCCUGUCGCUGAGCCCACUGCGCCGGUUCGUGAGCCUACCGCGCCUGUCGCUGAGCCCACUGCGCCGGUUCGUGAGCCUACCGCGCCUGUCGCUGAGCCCACUGCGCCGGUUAUCCGACAUGUGCUCCAACGGGAUCCCCGGCAUUCAGUCAGGAAACGCGUGCUGUCUCGCCGAGUGCGGCGGAUGCGGCGGAUCUGGCUGCGCCCAGCUUGGCGGUGGCCUCGGGGAGGACAACUGCUGCCAGAGCGAGAUCGAGGACUUUGGCGAGCUGUGCUCUGUGAAGAUGGCAGCUCCGUGUGUCGUGGACGACAUGUGCUCCAACGGGAUCCCCGGCAUUCAGUCAGGAAACGCGUGCUGUCUCGCCGAGUGCGGCGGAUGCGGCGGAUCUGGCUGCGCCCAGCUUGGCGGUGGCCUCGGGGAGGACAACUGCUGCCAGAGCGAGAUCGAGGACUUUGGCGAGCUGUGCUCUGUGAAGAUGGCAGCUCCGUGUGUCGUGGACGGCUCUGCCCCUGCGCCUUCGCCGGUGGCCAUGCCUUCUGCACCUGUGGCUGAGCCCACUGCGCCGGUUCGUGAGCCUACCGCGCCUGUCGCUCAGCCCAACGCGCCGGUUCUUGAACCUACCGCACCUGUGGCUGAGCCCACUGCACCUGUUGCCGAGCCCACUGCGCCUGUGACAGAGCCUACUGCCCCCAGCGACACGUGCUCCAACGGGAUCCCCGGCAUUCAGUCAGGAAACGCGUGCUGUCUCGCCGAGUGCGGCGGAUGCGGCGGAUCUGGCUGCGCCCAGCUUGGCGGUGGCCUCGGGGAGGACAACUGCUGCCAGAGCGAGAUCGAGGACUUUGGCGAGCUGUGCUCUGUGAAGAUGGCAGCUCCGUGUGUCGUGGACGGCUCCGCCCCUGCGCCUUCGCCGGUCGCCAUGCCCACUGCACCUGUGGUUGAGCCCACUGCGCCGGUUCGUGAGCCUACCGCACCUGUCGCCCAGCCCACUGCGCCUGUGACAGAGCCUACUGCCCCCAGUGACAUGUGCUCCAACGGGAUCCCCGGCAUUCAGUCAGGAAACGCGUGCUGUCUCGCCGAGUGCGGCGGAUGCGGCGGAUCUGGCUGCGCCCAGCUUGGCGGUGGCCUCGGGGAGGACAACUGCUGCCAGAGCGAGAUCGAGGACUUUGGCGAGCUGUGCUCUGUGAAGAUGGCAGCUCCGUGUGUCGUGGACGGCUCCGCCCCUGCGCCUUCGCCGGUGGCUAUGCCCACUGCACCUGUGGCUGAGCCUACUGCGCCUGUCGCCCAGCCCACCGCACCUGUUACCGAGCCCACGGCACCUGUCAUCGAACCCACCGCACCUGUCGACGAGCCCACUGCACCCAACGACUUGUGCUCCAACGGGAUCCCCGGUAUCCAGACCGGAAACGCUUGCUGUCUCGCGGAGUGUGGAACAUGCGGCGGGCGUGGCUGCGCCGAGUACGGCGGCGGACUCGGGGAGGACAGCUGCUGCCAGAGCGAGAUCGAAGACUUCGGCCAGCUGUGCUCUGUCACGAUGGCAGCUCCGUGUGUCGUGGACGGCUCCGCGCCUGCGCCUUCGCCGAUGGCCAUGCCCACUGCCCCUGUGGCUGAGCCUACUGCCCCCGUCCGCGAGCCCACUGCCCCUGUGGCCGAGCCGACUGCCCCCGUUCGCGAGCCCACUGCACCCACCGACGUGUGCUCCAACGGGAUCCCCGGUAUCCAGACAGGAAGCGCUUGCUGUCUCGCGGAGUGCGGUGGAUGCGGUGGAACCGGCUGUGCUCAACUUGGCGGCGGCCUCGGGGCGGACAACUGCUGCCAGAGCGAGAUCGAAGACUUCGGCGCGCUCUGCUCCGCCACGAUGACAGCUCCGUGUAUCGUAGACAGUGGUGAAAAUCUUACGGUCACGUUAUCGAAAGACGAGGCCAAAGACGAAGAGUAA